AGAAAGUACAACAAAUUGUCCAACCAAUCCAAAAGAGAAUGAUAAAAGAGAGAAGAAAGAAAACCCAUAUACAUCAAAUAAGGCCAACGAAAAUAGAACAAGUGACAACUUGAUCCCACCCAGGCGCUCAUUAGACAAAGAAAACAAAAACAAAGAGAAUAUGAAGCCUAAUUUUAGAAAUAAUAAGGAAGGAGCAAAUAAGAGGCGACAAACCCAAGAGGACUCGGUUCACAGCAUGCUGCUACAGAUUUUGAGUAGACUCGACAAAUUAGAAGACCAAAGCAGUCUAUUUCAAACAACAUUCGCAAGAAGAAAUAAAGAGAGUGAAAAAGAAGGUGAGAGUGAAUCCCCAGGAGAAGAAGUUGGGCA